AUGUGUAAUUCUAAGAUCGAUACUCAUGGUACUAAACUCUCUGAACAUGAUAAUCAAUUAGCCGAGUGUCAUAAUCGGAUGGAAAAUUUAUUACAUAGUACCACAAGGAUACAAAAAUCAGUAACUGGAUUUCAACAAAAAGUAGAGCAGCCGAUGUCUCUUAUGGAAUUAAGGACUCCAUUAACCGUGAAAAAAAAUUUGAUAAUAUUUGGUGUACCUGAGGAAAUUGAUAUGAAUGCAGUUGCUGUUAUCAUCAGUGAUUUUACCCAAUAUUUAGACUCCAUCGUUGAUGAAGGAGUUCCUCAAUAUAGUAUUUUACAUAUCCAUAGAAUAGGAGAGACCAUUGAUGGUAAAGUAGGGCCUUUGAAAAUGUACUUCGAUUGUUCCCUAAUUCCUAAAUUCAUUCUGAGACAUCAACUCAAACUGAAAGGAAGAUGUGGAUAUGAAAACUUAUCUUUCAAAAGCGAUAAAUCAUAUUCAGAACGUCCGUAUUUAACUGAGCUGAGAAAUGAGCUUACUGAUAGAACAACCAGAGGAGAAAAGAACUUGAACAUAAAGUAUGUCAAAGGUACACCAACUAUUGUCUCAGUCCCUACGUCAACUGAGAAUACUAGCUCCGAUCUGAGAGUUGCACCACGCAAUUCCUAA